AUGUUAAACGUUAAUAUUGAUUUUUAUUAUUGUGACCCUCAACCAGAAGACGUAGACAUUAACAAGGUAGACUUUCCAUUAGUGGAAUCAAUAAUGAUAGAUCCAGAAUUUGAAACAGUAAAUAUUUUAUUAACACAGAGUCCAUGUGGAAAACUUCACGCUGACAGAAUUACAGACGUUGAAGCACUCACAGGAUAUAAAGUUUGCCCCUUUUGCAAAGAAGAAGUAUAUUCUAUCCGUGAUGAUCCAGAAAGGAAAAACCAAAGAAGAUUUUUAAAACAUUGUGAGAAAUGUAAAGAAAAUAAUGGAAGAUUAAUUCAAGACGUUCAAUUGCAAAACACACAACAACCAUAUGCACCACAUAUCACGAAACAGAAGAUAUAUCAAUGGCUAUUAGCACAUAAUUUGCAGGAAUAUUAUAAACCAACAAGAUAUUAUAUUACUUUUGACUUCGAAACAUUAGAGACUAAAGAAGAACUUCAACUUUCUGAGUGUGCAACUUUGAAUGCUUACUUAAAACCAUUCAUGGUAUCAUCAACUGUCAAAUUAAAGCCGCAAAGCGGCGAGGUCGUAGACCGUGAUAAAACAUUUACGAGGAAUUUUUGCUUAACAUCAAGUGAUUCGUUCAUCUCUGAUUGGAUUGAAUUUUUAUUUUCAACCUGUUCAUUAGUUGCUAAAUCAAAUAUUGAACAAUAUGAAGAAUUAAUGAAUACAUUAAAUGAAAAACAGAAGGAAGCAUUUAAAGAACUUCUAGAUGAGGAAUUCAAUAAAGUGAAUAUCAUAGGUUUUAAUUCGGGAAAGUUUGAUUUAAAUUUAAUUCUUCGUGAUUUAAAUACUGCAAAAUGGAAGAUAAAAUCAAUGCUGG